AUGUCCAACGGCGAUCCACAGGCCCCGGCUCAGCCCCAACCGCCAUCUCUGGCAGGCGUCGCCGUCAAGCUUCCACCUUACUUCGACCGUAACCCGGCAGUCUGGUUUCUUCAAGCGGAGGCCCAGUUCAACCUUGCCGGCGUGAGCUCACAGCAAACCAGAUACUAUCAUGUCAUAUCAGCCCUUACACCUGCUGCUGCAGAAGAGGUGUAUGACAUUCUUGCGGCCCCUUCACCCACAACCCCUUACGAUCAGCUGAAGAAAGCGCUGCUCCAGCGAACCACGGCUUCUGACCGAUCUCGCAUCCAGCAACUUCUAUCUGCUGAGGAGCUGGGGGAUCGUCGUCCAACACAGCUUUUAAGGCGCAUGCGUCAGCUGUUGGGUUCCCAGCCGACAGCGACCGACGACACCUUCUUCCGUGAACUAUUUUUGCAGCGCUUGCCGCAGAAUGUGCAGAUGGUUCUAGCCACUGCCUCUGACAUGUCCCUGGACAAACUUGCCACCCUGGCUGACGCUGUGUUUGAGGUCGCCAACCCCGCGGUUUCUGCAGUCAUCCCCGCCACCUCUGCACAGCCGUCGCCAUCACCACCGACGCAGCCGCCGCAUUCCUCUGACGUUGCGGAACUUUGCCGCGAGGUCAAGAACUUAACCGCACUUAUUGCCGCCUCCCAUGUCUCGCCACACGUCCGCGAUUCCUCUCGCCGCCGUACAAGUCGCAGUCCUCGUCGUUUCCGGCACCGUUCACCGACUCCACGCGAUUCCAGCCCAGCUCAUACGGUCUGCUGGUACCACCGGAAAUUCGGAGCCGAUGCACGGCAUUGCUUCCUCCCAUGUUCGUGGCAGCCGGGAAACCCUGCCGUGGACCAUUGAUGGCGACCGAUGGCCCACACCCUUCGUCC